CACACUGUUUUUCUCUGUCUGUGGUUCAGUCUGUGGAGCAGUCUGUAGUUCAGUGUCAGGCUGACCAGGGUUAUCCUAUCUGCCUUUGAGUGGGACUCGAACCAGCAACCAGUAUUUCUCCUUUCAUCUUAAAAAUCUGCUUUUUUGAGUGAAAUAUGCCGCAGUGAUUUCACUCCUUAGACUUUGAUCUCUCCGGUGGCUGCUGGGAAAUAAAGCGCCUCAGUGUCUGUUCUUUAAAGACAAACGUGUCUUUCUUCUGGAGAAAUGUCUUCCGAACCGGAGCAGCUGGGGGCCGGGCUCCUGCAGACGCAGACCGUGUUUGUGAUCCUGGAUUCGGCUGAAACAAUCAACCUGGUCCGGGUGGAGUCUGGUAUUGUCGCUGACAUCGAGGUGGACAAUUUGCUGCCGUCAGACUGCGACACCUUCUACCAGAUCAAGAGUCAGCCAAUCAGCUUCAGUACAUCAUUAGCUGCUUCCUCACCGAUGUCAUCCUCGCUGCCAUCAGCCAUGACGUCCAGGGUGUUGAUGCGUCAGGAUCUGAUGCGUCAGCAGGCUCUGGAGGAGGAGCAGAAGGAGGCUCAGCAGCAGCUCCUCCGAUCCGCUGACUCCUCCUCCCCCAUCUCUGUGUCUCUCUCCUCCUCCUCUGGACCUCCUGCUCAGGUCCCUGUGGAGGUGCUCAAGGUGCAGACUCACCUGGAGAACCCCACCAGGUACCACAUCCAGCAGGCCCAGAGGCAGCAGGUGCGUCAGUACCUGUCCACCGCCAAGACAGCCAAUCAGGAGCCAGCUGGACUUCCACCAAGCCCCUUCCCCCACAAACUGCAGCCUGCAAACAAAAAUGAGAUGGAAGCGACGGUCAUCGAUGACAUCAUCAGCCUGGAAUCGAGUCUGAACGACGAGUUUCUGACGAUGAUGGACUCGGGUCUGCAGAUCGCCACCACGCUGCCGGUGUCGGGGAACAUGCUGGACCUGUACGGAGGCAUGGCCACGCCCACCAUCACCGUUAGCAACAGCUGCCCAGCCGACCUGCACGGCAUCAAGAGGGAGGUGAACGAGGUGGAGACCAAAGCUUUCAUCAAAGAGAGACAGAAGAAAGACAACCACAACCAAAUCGAGAGGAGGAGGAGGUUCAACAUCAACGAUCGGAUCAAAGAACUCGGGGGUCUCAUCCCUAAAUCCAGCGACCCGGAGUCGAGGUGGAACAAGGGGACCAUCCUCAAGGCGUCGGUGGAUUACAUCCGGAAACUUCAGAAGGAGCAGCACAGAGCCCGAGAGAUGGAGGAGAGACAGAGGAGGCUGGAGAACACCAACCACUCUCUGCUGCUGCGCAUCCAGGAGUUGGAGCUCCAGGCUGGUCUGAACUCUUCCUCCUCCUCUUCCUCUCUGGACCCUCAGACCCUGCUAUCCCCCACGCUGCCUCAGCCCUUCUCCUCUUCCUCCUCUUCCUCCCUGGUGACCCCUUCCCUCGGUCUGGACGCCCUCAGCUUCGUGGACCUGGACGAUCCUCACGGAGUCUCCGGUGUCUUCUCCCCGGACCUGAUGUCCGACGUGGGGCUGACGGAGCUGCACGGCCUGCUGAUGGAGGAGGGGGGCGUGGGGGUGAUGUCCGACCCCCUGCUUUCCUGCGGAGCGUCGAGAAGCAGCAGCAGGAGGAGCAGCUUCAGCAUGGAGGAAGACCUCUGAUGACAUCACCACACACGCUGUAACGCCAUUGGCCAAAAACACUGAAUCUUAACCCGUGAAAUCAUCAAAACCAACACACAGAGGUGAUGUCACGACGGCAACCACUGUGAGUCUACAGUGUUCCCAUGGUAACCACUGUCUUGUCCUGACUGGAAGCUGAUUGGCUGAUAACAAACAAACUAAAAGCUGAUUGGUUGACAGGCUCCAGGUGUCUAAAAGUAGGGCAAAACACUCGGAAAAUCACUUUUAAAGUCUGAAAUUCAGAUUUAAAAAAAGGCAGGAUAACCAAAUCUUUGCUUGUGUUUUAGUUCAUGAGUUUUAAAAAGGUGCUACAUACGGCAUUCAGAGCGUUAACAUGGAAUCAAACUAUUGUUGUGUAAACGUAUAGCGACUUAACGUCUACCUGACCAGAGAAUGAAGUCUCUGUGUGCGUUUUAAUCCGAGCUCCAUGCUUGUGAUACUGUUGGCCAUCCUCACUAUUAUACUGUCUAAGGGCCGGGAAACAUGUGGCGUUUUUUGCAGCGUUGUCGUCUUCUGUGGCCUGAUAUGAACAUAUUUCACCGCAGAACACAGCAACGCUUGUCAUGUGACAAGGAACAACCAAUCACAGCCUGCAGAUCGUUCUCCCUUCUACCGUAAAUCAGUCCACGGUAAAUAUGAAGGAUGAGGAGAUCAGUUUAGUAUCAGGAUCUGUCCCACAGUAAACACAUUGAAGAAGAUUACCUUGUAGAAAGUCGGCCAUUAUUCUAUGGAUUACAGUUACAGUUUGUAAAGACGCAGCGUGGUUCUAUUAAAGGUCCCCUAUUAUGCAAAA